GGAUAUGGCAACAUACGUCGUUAUAUGUCAAUGUAUUUGUCACAUAUAAUUGUUUUAUUUAAAAAAAUAUAAAAAAAUAUGGCACGGUCAACACAUUAUUAAUUAUGAUGUACAUCAUUUAACAAUAUAAAGGAAUAUAGAAGAAAUCACAAUUUAUAAAGAAAAAUGUCUGAAGCAAACCGUUCGCAACAGUCUUUCGAAAAUCCUAUGUUUCGCGAAAUCCACAAAAAUACUUGGCUCAAAAAAGUGUCUCCUAAUAAUACUAAGAAGAGACGUGAAAGGUUAUGGGUAGUUUUUUGUGUACACGACGAUACCGAUGCAUUUUUAGAAACAUACAAUGAUAACAAAGUCGCUGUUUUCCAUAAACCAGAAUGGCAUGUCUCUCUUAAUAACGUGCAACAUAUUUCACCCACCAUAUGUGCUCAUGAGCAGGAAUAUGAGUUUGUAUUAACAUUGUCAAAUGAAGUAAUCAGAUUAGCAGCUCCAACAUGGGAAGAAAUGUUGGAUUGGGUUGAAAGCCUAAAGUCAAAGCUUUUUGAGCUAAGAAUUUUAAGUCCUAAAGAAAAUGUAUAUACCAAACUACCAGAAAAGACAAAUUUACAAUUGCUUUCCACGCGAGAUCCAACAUCACCAUUGCCUCCACCUCCAGAAGUGCCUCCUGAAAAUUUACCUGGAAUAGAGCCUUCCAACAAUGAUCCUAUUAUAAAUAGCAAUCAUAUAAUAACAUAUGAGAGGAGAAGAUCAGAAUCCCAAAGCAGUGGAACAUCACAAAGAACCAACAAUAUUAAUGAAUCUGCCAGUGCUGGGGUCAACAUUAGUAGUCAAGUAUUUAAUUUUGACCAUUUUAAUGCUGCCAUUGAAACAACUAGCAAUUCCAUGAAUUCUGUACAUUAUGAGCAUUUAUUUCAGAUGCAGCCAGGUCCAUCUACCAGAAACAAUCAUAUCAUGAGACUGGAAACAGACACAACCAGUAGAAUGUUGGAAAGAUCUGCUAGUUGCUCACCAAGAAUUUUGCAACCUCCUCCCCAACCCUAUAAAACCUUAAGGGAACAACAAGUCAUACUUUUGGAGAAAGAAAUGAAACAUCCAACUGGAGUAAGGUUGCAGUUGAGAAGAAAAGACUGUAUUAAUUCAAUUGGUUUUGUGGAUGCAUUUGAUGCUGUUUGGGUUUGUGGAUGGAAACAAAAAGAAAACCCCAUGUUGUAUAAUGCUCUCCAUAUUGGAGAUCGACUCCUUAAUAUAGAGGGCAUUAACAUUAAAUCGGCAAGUGACGCAUAUAGGAUAUUGCAAUCACAUUACUGUGGACUUUAUGUCAAUAUAAUAGUUAAAAGAAUGCCCUACGGUCAAGUUUUUGUUAUCCAUAGAGAGUCUGAAGGUCAGUCCUUAGGAAUUGUUCAAGAAAAUAAUACUGCAGUAAUUGAGACAGUGGAAACGAAUAGUUUGGCAGCUAGAUAUGGUUUGACAGCUAAGACGAAAUCGUGCGAUGGAACCUACUUUACUAACUGGGUUCUCACCGAAAUCAACGGUCGGCCAUUAAAUUUAUUUUUCAAGAAAAAUCAAGUGAGAGAUAGACUUAAUUCAGUUGGUCGAGACAUAUCAAUACUAGUGCAACCUCUAGAUCUUAUUAAGCAAAUUAAGAAACAGAUGAAAUCACUAAAAAAUUAUAAAGAUUAUAUUUUACAAUGAUGAUGACAUUCUUACUGAAUAAAUUGCAUUUUUUGGGGGGAUUUAUUAAUUGGUUAAAUUUAAUGAAGGCAGCUUGCAUUGAAAUUGGGAAAGUAUGAUUAGUAUUUAAAUUCGACCCUAACACAAGUGAAGUGCAGGAGUCCAUAUUUACAUAUCUCUCUUGCUAGUGCAAUAUUUUGAGAUUUAAUUUUGUAAGGUAUCAUAUAUAAAAACCAACACUGUGAUUAUUUUUUAU